AUGGUUAAAAGCAAGCUGCGUCGUAUUUCUCACAGCUCUGACUACUAUUCAAGGUUAAUGAACACCCGUGCAGUGUCUGGUGAACAGUACCAGCCUACAGACGUAGAGCAUCUGGCAAAUGUCAUCUCACAUGGGGUGUGGAUUUUACCCAGCAUCUUGGCACUUGCUUUCAUGGUGCGUAUGUCAGCCACCUCCCUCCAGAAGACCGCAACUCUAGUGUAUGGGUCCGCUCUAGUGCUUCUUUUUACCACCUCCACUAUUUUCCACAUGCUCUCCUACACAGGUCGAUUCAAGAAAUGGAGACGCAUUUUCCACAUUGGAGAUAGAGCUGUUAUAUACCUGUUUAUUGCAUCCUCCUAUACACCAUGGCUGGUGCUGAAAGAGUUUCACUCCUGGGCCGAAGAAGCCCUCUGCAUUGUGUGGAUCAUGGCCUUGCUUGGAGUCUCCUAUGCAUAUAUUUACCAUGAAAGAUUCAAAUUCCUGGAAAUCAUGUUCUACCUGGCAAUUGGAGUAUGCCCUGCUGUUGUUGUAGUUGAUAUGAAAGACUGGUCAGGACUGAUGGAACUCAGUGUCGGCGGUCUCAUGUACAUCCUUGGUGUGGCCUUCUUCAAGAGUGAUGGUGUCAUUCCCUUUGCCCAUGCAAUCUGGCAUUGUUUUGUGUUUGUUGGAUCAUUCUGUCACUUUAUUGCUAUCUGUACCUACCUGCUUGGGGUGGACAUUCCAGGCACUUGA